AUGGACACGACCUACCCUCCCAAGAUCAGCAAAGUCCUGCUCACUCCGGACCCUCACUACAUCCCGGGGUAUGCGGGCUACUGUCCACAGCUGAAAUACAACUUUGGGAAGUCAUAUGGUCAGCUGACGUCAGAGCUACUCUCCAGUCCAGAGGUCAACCACUCCACUCGCCUCAUGGUGUCUGGAGUGUCCUGUUCAGCUGAGGCUACCCGCGCAGGGAUUGACAGGAGCAUUCCAGACUGUCAUGUCAGAAAGAUGAUUCCAGGAUACACAGGUUUCAUUCCAAAAAGUCAGAGCCACUUUGCCUGCAGCUAUGGUGAAAUGUGUCGUAAAGCUCUCACUGACUUCUAUCAGGAGCAGCAGAAGAGAAGCCAGCAGCAGUCAGCCAAACUGCCAGUGAUCACCAGCUACACCAACCGUCUCUCUGAAAAUCAUCGACCAUCGCCUCCACUGACAGCCAUCAACACUGUGAUCACCUACAACCCCUCGGUGUCUUUCAUUCCCAUGGAAAGGCCAUAUUUUAUGGAUGAUAAAAACCCUCACAAGCAUUUUAUUUCAGGAUUCACAGGACAUGUGCCAAAGGCUCGCUUCCUUACUGGGAAAGGUUAUCCCAUCACUACAAACCAAGCACUGGUACAGUUUGGAAAACAGCUGCGCAAUGAACCCAUCUCUCAGGAAUCAGCAGUGGGCCAGGACAGCUCUACUCCUCCCACACAAUACCACCCAAACAGGGCAGUGGUGCCAUCCUUCACAGGGCAUAUACCAGGGUACAGAUUCUUGUAUGGACACACGUUUGGCCAGCUAUCCCAGAAUGCACUGAAAAAGAAUAGCAGCAAACGAGUUGCAUGGGCAGAGUGCUGAUGAAAAAAUAAAACUGCAAUGAAGAAAAAAGUAUCAGUCUGAGUGAACUCUCAUAAGUCAUGAAUCAGGCACAAACUGCACACAUUGAAACAACUUUUUUUAAUUUUAAGGUUGAUUGUCAAUUGGCAAAAUAGG